AUGAAGAUCAUCAUCGUCAACUCGACUGGCCUGGUGGGAGACGCCAUUGCUUUCCAGUGCCUAGCAAGCAGAGACAUCCAAGAUGUCUACAUACUGUCCCCGGCAGCGAUGCCACAUGAGUAUUCUGCCAAGGCCCGGCACCUGGCCCACCAGGACUUCAUGUCGUACGAGCCGGAGCUGAUCGAGAAGCUCGCGGGCGCUCAAGCCUGCAUCUGGGCGUUGCCGCCGCAACCCUGUGUUGACGAGCGUCCGAGGCCCUCCGAGAGGCGUCGAUCUAUCAGCGACGCCUGGUUCAACUGGGACUCUCUUGCCGGUGAGGUCGAAGCCCUCACUGUUUCGGAUGACCGUUUCGUGGAGGUUGAAACCGAGGCCGGCAAGAGAGUUCAAGUUGACCGCUGCCUCGGAGGUGUCAAGGCGUUCCUCGACCAGGUGAUCCGACACCUGCCCCCGGCGAGCGAGCGGCCGUUCCGGUUUGCCUUGGUGAACUGGGCGGCCAACAGCUGGGACGAGGAAGAGACCGAAGAGGCCAUGGAGCUGUUGUCCGAGCGGCUUGUGAACGCCAACAUCAAAAUUUCUGUUUUCCGGCCCGGCAUGUUCGUUCCUGCACGCCCAGAGGCGAAUGUCAACCCGCCUGUGGGCGAAGCCAUCUUCGCCAGCCAGCUCGCGGAUGCGGUGAUCGAGGAUAUCCUCGACACCAAGAGAUAA